AUGGACAUGGUUAGAGGGUUGAAUGGAGUUGAUUGGGAUGAUAUUUACGAUGAGAAUAAUAAAAAAGAUGGUAAAUAAGAAAAUAAUAAAGAUCAGAAAGGGCAAUAAGAAAAUAUGAAAUAAAAUUUAGAGAAAGCAAUAAAAGAUUUAAAAUAGGAAGAAUAAUUCGAAGAAAAAAAGUGA